GAUGGAGUGCAAUGGUUGGAUUGGAUAGUUGAGUUUCAUGGCUGUUUUAAACCCGAAUUGCAGCUUCUACUGCAGCUCUGCCUCGAUACCCAACAAUUCAACCUUAACCAACCACUUUCCUUGUUUAUCUUUAUCUCAAUCUGUCAUUGGUUGGUGCAGUAGAGGAAUUUCUCUGAACUCUGCUCAUUCUAGCUCAAGAACCUUUGCAAAGUUUGACAAGUUCCAAGGUGAUGAUCUUACACAAGACAGUCUUGACAAAGAUGAGAAUUUAUCUUCUUUGCAAGCACAGGAAGAGGAGCAGGAGGAAGAGGAAGAUGACAGUUGCUUGCCUUCUGACUUGGAGGGUGCAGUCCGGCAGUCUGGUCAAGCAAGUGCCUUGUUCGUGUCUUCAGGAGGAAUGAGAGCCAUAGUUGAACUCUUAGUACCACAAUUACAAUUUCUUGAUGAUGAAGGUGCACAAGCUGAGCUAUGGGAUCUAUCAAAGGUUUUCUUGGAUACCCUAAUUGAAGGAACGGGAUGUCAGAGGGUUAAAGCCAUAUUUCCAGAUGCUGGUGCUUCUGCACUAUUAAAGUAUCGGUGGAAAGAUGCCUCCUUUGCAUUUGCCAGCUUAAGUGAUCGGAAGCCUGUUCAGAGUGAAGAUGAAAUUGUAGUUAUGGUCGUUCCUGAUUAUCAGAUGUUGGAGUAUGUGAAGAGAAUUGCAUCUGAGCUCUCGGAUGAUCCGCCAAGGCCUCUCCUCAUGUGGAACCCACGUCUCGUCAGUGAGGAUGUCGGGGUUGGAAUUAAUGUUCGGAACUUGAGACGUUACUUUUUGAGGACUUUCACCACGGUUUACUCAAUGAGACCCCUCCCAUCUGGUGCUGUUUUUAGGUGUUAUCCAGGCCUGUGGAAGGUGUUUUAUGAUGACAAGGCUAGGCCAAACAGAUAUUUGCUUGCCAAGGAACUCAUCAGCCGUCCAGACUCUGAAGACCUUGAGAUGAUAUUUGGAAAUGUAGCAGAGGAGGAGGGUCAGAACCCAUCUUUGUUCAAUAAAGCAGCAGGAAUAUUUUCUUCACUAAAUCGAUUUAUGAGAGCCAUUUCCAAGUAGUAUUUUCCAUAAACCAUAAACUAGUUUCGAGUAUCACGUACUGUUACUUUAAGCUCCCCCUCCCUUUUGUGUUAUGUAAUGUUGUAACUCAACGAGAAUUCGUUUUGGUGCGAUGUAGCACAGCAGAGGAUGUAGGAAUAUGUCAGAUUCCUCCUCCGUUUGUCGACAAUGCUUCUCUUUUUUGUUUCAAAACCAUCAAUCCAGUCUCAUGCAUUGCUUUGUGCUA